GGUGUAGACUUUCCAGUUAUCAAACUAGAGUCGGUGAGCUGGGAUAGGCUGGGAGAUUGGUUCAGAGAAGUUCGGACAUAGCCAACUGCGGGACGGGGCAAGAAGAGUAGCGACUGAAUAUGGGACAGGAAAUCUGACGUGGAACAUCUACGAAAUCGCAUUUGUUGCAUUCAGCAAUCAAGGAUCUGACCCACGCGAAUGACAAAAAGGGGGUGCGUAAACUUUGUCAUUUGGGUCUGAUCGUUCCAAAACCGGGCUGUUGUUUUUAGUGGAGGCUCUGAAAGAGAACAUCAUGCCAAGGCGGACCGUGCACGAAGUAACAGUUCAAGAUGUCCAGAAGAGGAGAAAUCCGAACAAACACUAUGUUUACAUCAUCAAAGUGUCCUGGUCUGAUGGCAGCACAGAGGUCAUCUUCAGGCGCUACAGCAAGUUCUUCGACCUGCAGAUGGAACUCCUGGAUAAGUUCCCUGUUGAAGGAGGGCAGAAAGACCCCAAGCGCAGAAUCAUCCCUUUUCUACCAGGGAAGAUCCUGUUCAGGAGAAGCCAUAUCAGGGAUGUGGCCAUGAAGCGCCUGAGGCCUAUCAACGAGUACUGCAGGGCUCUGAUUCAGCUGCCCGUGUACAUAUCCCAGUGUGAGGAGGUUCGUAUGUUCUUUGAGACCCGUCCUGAAGACCUCAACCCACCCAAAGAGGAACCCAUUGGAAAGAAGAAGCCAGGAGACUCCACCUCAGCUGACCCUCUGCUCCUAGACCAGUAUGUGGCCGUCACUGACUAUGAGAAGCAGGAGAGCUCUGAGAUCAGCCUGCACGUGGGACAGACGGUGGAGGUCAUCGAGAAGAAUGAGUCUGGUUGGUGGUUUGUUAGUUCAGACGAGGCCCAGGGCUGGGUCCCUGCCACCUGCCUGGAGGCCCAGGAUGACCCUGACGACUUCUCCCUGCCCGGCGAGGAAGUGUCCCGGAGAUACUGGUCACUGCCGAGCCAUGUGGGCCGCCGGCGAACGUUAGGGGAUCUGUUCAGCACAGGCUUUGGGCAAGAGGAGAAGUACACAGUGAUUUACCCGUACGCAGCGCGAGACCAAGACGAGAUCGACCUGGAAAGUGGCAUGACGGUGGAGGUUAUCCAGAAGAACCUUGAGGGCUGGUGGAAGAUCAGGUACCAGGGACAGGAGGGCUGGGCCCCGGCGUCCUACUUGAAGAAGGCCGACAUCCUGAGCCAGAAGCUGGCGGCAGGGGCAGCGGGCCAUGCCAGCACUAACGACCUGGACGGAUUCUCCAAGCAGCAGAGUCAACAGAACCAAGCCAAGCAGCACAAACAAGGGGCUAGACAGAGACCACCGCCGCGCAGGGAUCUCACCAUCCCGAGGGGGCAGAACCUGCCAAAGCCGCCCACCCCUCCCCAGGUGGAGGAAGAGUUCUAUACCAUCGCAGACUUCCAGACCACCAUCCCCGAUGGCAUCAGCUUCCAGGCUGGGGUCAAAGUGGAGGUGAUAGAGAAAAACUCCAGUGGCUGGUGGUACAUUCAGAUUGAAGACAAAGAGGGCUGGGCCCCCAUCACCUUCAUCGACAAAUAUAAGAAGACCAGCUUGACCCCGCGCCCCAACUUCCUUGUACCUCUGCCCAAUGAGAUGGCCCAGCUGAAGCUGGAGGAUGGCACUACCAGCGGUGCGGCGCAAGAGGACAGCUGGUCCAAACCGCUGCCAGACGAGCCCACCGCGAGCAGCGAGUCUGCAGCCCGGCCCAAGCUCAGGGACUGGAAGUCCAGCGCCAGUAAGGGGGCAUCUGCCUUCUCCGGACCCCUGCCCCCAGCCCCGUCUGCCCCACCGGCUGAGGAGAGGCCAGCCCUGCCACCCCGCAGGGAGUCCAUCAACAAGAGCAUGGACAUUGAGAUUGUGGAGAAACCCAGGCCAGACGUAUCCAAACCCCUGCCUCCGAAAACCUCUGCCCCGGGGGUCAUUAUGCCCCUGCUCACCCCCAAAGCUGCCCCCUUCAAGCCAGACAAGCCCCCUGAGCCCAAAAGAGAGAUCACGAACAAGCCUCUGCAUUUGAAGAAUGAGAUGGGUCUGGAGUGUGGCCACAAGGUCUCCGUCAAGGAGGUGAAGAAGUUCAACCUGAAACCCGUGGCUAAGCAUCCGCCCAAGAACAUGCCUGAUCCACCGGAGGAGAAACCAGAGGCCAGCGGCCCUGCACUGUUCAUGAAGCCCAAACCCGUAGUCCGGCCCAAACCCAUCCCAGCUGCCAAGCCAGAACCGCCAGCUGAGAACAAGCUGGAUAUCACCAACCUGAGGAGCAAGCUGAAGCCUUCGAAGCCAGCUGAACCAGGCGAUGGAUCAGCAGAGCCAAGCCAGCAAAACGGCACUGCUCCCAACAACGGCCCUAGCAACGCUCUCCCCAAGAUGCCGCCCCCCAACCUCCCCCCUAAUAAUGCUUUACCCAAGAUGCCUCCUAGUAAUGUACCCCCCAAGAUGCCCCCUCCUAAUAAUGUUCUCCCAAACAUGCCACGUCCCAACAGCCCCCCUAUCAACGCCCUCCCCAAGAUGCCCCCAGCCCCCAAUGCUCUCAAUGGCAAGGCCAGCGACGAGGCCAAGUUCCCCACCAAGCAGCAAAACGGUCAUGGACACGUGAGCCAGGAUGUCCCCAAACCCGCUGUUCCCCCCCACAAAGAACCUCCAGGGAAGCCAGCCGUCCUCCCUAAGCGACCCCCUCCACCCAAAAAGACCUCUGAGCCAUCCAGCCCCACAGAAACCAAAGCUCCCAUGAAAGAGCUCCCAGACACCAAGCCUGCUCCCCCCCAGCUCAGCAGACCACCUCCCCCUAAACCCAAGGCCUUCAUGCUGCCCCCGCCUAAAGACAAGGACAAGGAAAAGGGGGAGCCCAAGGCAAAAGUGCCCGUGGCCCCAAAGCCCCUGGUUAAGAUUGAGAAACCAGGCCCUCCGAGGGACAAGCUGCCGCCUCUGAUCAAGGAUCCCAGUAAAGAGGAGCUGUUCUUGGCCAUGGCGGACUUUGAGGGCGACGAUCAGAUGGGUGGCUUCAAGGAGGGCACCGUGUUCGAGGUGAUGGAGAGGAACAGCAGCGGCUGGUGGUUUUGUAAAAAUCUAGGAGAAGGGCCAAUGAAAGAGGGCUGGAUCCCCUCCAAUUACCUGACCAAGAAACCCUAGGUACCAGGUUCUGCUGGCCUGUUUAAUAAUACAAAAUAUUACUCAUUGUAUUUAAUUAGCUUUUUUUAUUUAUAGGUACCUUUUUAAUUGAGGUGUGUUUGUUGCUUUGUUACAUUCCAUUUGUUUAGCAUUCGUGCGAGAAUGAACCAGCAAUGUUUUUGUUGCAUAUUGUUUCGUUUUCGUUCUCUUUUUUUGUACUUUCUAUCCUCGUUACCAAUUACUAAGCGUCAAAUCCGGAACAAGCAAAUGUUCCUCUCAUGUUGUUCACCUUUUGUGCCAUGUGUUACUCAACAAGCCUAUAAUGUAAUGUUAUGAUACAGUAUGUUAUCACAAGCUUUGUAAUAGAACAACAACAUAUGUCUUUCCAAGCCUUCUAUAAUAUUGUGCCUCAGUAUAGUGCUUUAAGCUUAAAUAUAUUUAGCUAGUUCGUUUCUCAGUUAGCAUAUCAAAGAUGCUUCAGUCUAAUGAGUGGAGUCCUACCGGACAGUGCAAUGCAUAUGGAAAAUAAAUCAGACCAUACGACAGACUAGGAGUGCCGAUUUAGGAUCAGUUUUGCCUUUUAGAUCAUAAUGAAUAAGAUUACAUGGAUAGGGGUACCUGAUUCUAGAUCAGCACUCCUACUCUGAGAUGCUUUGUGAAUACUGGCCGAGAUCAUUCACAAGACAAACAGCCUAAGGCAGAAGGCCAUGUAUACUCAGAUACCUCAAAGAACACCCCUCCUCCACUAAGGCUGCAACGGAGGUUACAAGGGGAGUUCAAGAGGACAUUUUGGCUUUCAAGUACUAAAAUAUUAACACUUCAAGAAGAGUUUUUGACAAGUGAUUCUAGGUGCUAAUACUAAACAUUCAUACAGAUCUUUUCAGGUUUGUGAAUGGGUUUAUUUUCCUUUCGGAACUGCAUAAUAAUGUUGCGGCUGAUUUUUAACAGAUGUGCACUUUUCAGAUUAUUCAGCCUGUUCAGGUUUGCACACUGGAUUCCCAAACUGUGGGGUAGGGGGGGCGCAGGGGUCCCCCCCGCCACAAAAGGAACUCAGUACAGCUUUCAACUUACUCUUGAAAGUUGUAAUAGUAGAAUGCACAAGGUGCAAUUUCGAAAUUAGGAAGUGCAUCAUCAAUUUUCCUCUUGUCAUGUCAGUCAUUGCAUACCUUAGAGAGCUAUUUAAAAUGUAUCAGAAAUGUCCAGUGAAAAAGUUGAGUGAAAAGGUUUGUGAACCCCUGGCUUAAUAGACCGAUGGAGAGGAAAUAUAGAGUGUACAAUUGAAAGCCAUAGCAAUGUUUUAAACACUCAAAUAAGGUUGCUGCACGACUUUGGGAGCUGUAUUGUAUACCAGGGUUGGACUCCAGUUCAACUCCUUUCAGGAUGGACUGAAUUGACUUCAUUGAAAUGAAAUGGACCCUUUCCCUGGUGUUCACAGUACAAUAGGUGGAGAACACGUAAGUAAGAAUGACUGAUUCAAGUAGAGGUUACAUCAGGCUGCUUCUGGUAAAUGCAAUAUUUCAUAAACUUUAGGUCUACCAUUAUCAAUACAGACCCUAAAUGAGAGGGAAUUUACCUGUGAUUUGUUCAAUAAUACAGUACAAAAUACAGCGUUACUGAAUCUCAUAAAAAGGUGCUCAAAUAUAAUACAUAAAGUGUGGUCAUUAUGAAAAACAUCUACAUUAGUGUUUGACUGGUUUCAAGCAGACUUAGCAAAAUAGUUAUUUUUAUCAUACUUCCAGAAUGAAGUAAUGUCAGCUGUCACUUUCUUUUUGUUUACUUUUCACCUCUUGCUAGGUCUGGGCCUGGUUUCCCGUAGAUGGAACUUAGGUUUACGAGUGUUUUAACGAUACAUUGUUCCUACAGCCGAAGAUGUAACAUGCGUUUCCCAAAACACCACGUAGAGAGAACUUUCAUUAAGUGCGUCAAUACUGCUAGGAUCGAAAGAAAGGCAGCGCUUCUCUCAGAUCAGCUUUCUCCAUUCAAAUCUACCUAAACAUAAUUAUUUCACAAUACUGACGACGGAUCAGCUCCUAGAGAGAUAUUAUCACCUACGGCUGCAAAGAUCGAGGCAGCUUAUUCUAAUGGUUAACCAUUAAUAAUGCACUAAAUCACAGAUUUGGCACAUAAUUGCGUUAAUGUUCUUACACAUUAAAUAUAUAGAGGAAAAACUAAGACAGCCUACAAUUAUCAAAAUAUAACUAGAUUGAACGCGAGCAAUAUGAUUGAAAGGCAAAUGUAGCGGAUACGCCUAUUUAUACAGUCAUCUAGUUUUCAUUUGAAGCAUAUUUUUAUCCUUCGCUUGUUUGUUACAAUUGCAAAGACAUUGCCAACUUUGUUGCCUAUUUGAAGUUAUCGGUGGUCACAGAGAGAUGGAUAAACAUCCAUUGGUUGUAUGUUUAGCGAAGGUCUUUUGUGUAUAAAAUCACGCGGAAGGACAAAAAAGCAUGUAACGACGCACUUGGCUGUUCGAGUGGUGUGAGGCAGUCGGUAAAUAGGCUUCACAAGCGUUUAAGUGCAACUUUAGUAACUUAGCCUUAAGAUGCUUCUGGGAAACUGGGCCCUGGUCACGGAGAAAGAGGGUUGGUCUCCUAGGAGACGCACUGACAAGGCUGGGAGUGCUUGUAGCUCACAGGUUCAUUGGAGAAUCUCAGAAUAUGGUUGAUCUGAUUCUGCUCCUAGUUGCUUUGAUACUGUGUUUUUCCCCCUCCCCAUGUCCCCCUCCAAAAUCUAAUCAUGUUAAAGUACUAGGUCCAAUGCCCUGUGUUAGGUCCUUAACCAACGUUGAAAUCAUUGGGGUUUUCCAUCUUACUACACAGUGUCAACUCAUGUAAGCCCUGACUGUUAGUGGAAAGUGAGUGAAACCUAGAUUGGGUUAGGGUAUGGGUUGGAAAGACAUGCAUUCUACAGUUUGGUUACUAAAGCAUAAGGAGAGGCACACCGGGAUUUGAACACUACAUUAAAACAGUAUGGAUUGUCUUAUUGCUUUAAGUAAUGCUUUACCCAAAACUGGUCAAUUGAAUUUGAAAACGAGUUUAUAUAGAAACUGCUCUUUAUUCUUUGACAUAUGCGCAUAUCCCAUCUUAGUACUGUAAUGUAUUCUUUAUACUUGUUCCCCUCAUGGUUUUCUUUCAUAUUAAGUCAAUAAACAUUUUUAAAAAUGU